AUGGAGUCAAUAUUUACUGUCUUGCAUAUGCUAAUAGCCAUCAUCAAUUUUUCGAGAGCUAAUGAAACUACUUGUAGCCUGAGAGGAGAGCUUUCAUACCCACAUUUUUGGAAAAAUGGUGAUAUCAUAGUUGGAGGAAUUUUUCCAUUUUAUAGUAGUUGGGAGUUCACAGACUCAUCCUAUUCUGUCAUGCCACCUCCAAUAAAGUGCUCAAGCUUAGAUUUCAGAGCCUUUCAAUACACACAGUCCUUGAUCUUUGCAGUAGAAGAGAUUAACAACAGUUCCUCUUUACUUCCUGGAGUCUCACUGGGCUACAAGAUCUAUGACACCUGUAGUUCUUCAGCAAUGGGAGUUAAAAUGGCAAUGACACUUAUUAAUGGAAACGAGAACUCGGUUGCACAUCAGGUCUGCACAAAGCCAGCCCAGGUGCAAGCCAUAAUAGGCGAGGCAUACUCAUCGGUGUCCACAGUUAUAGCAAAGAGUAUUGGACCUUUCAACAUGCCCAUAAUCAGUCACUCUGCCACCUGUGAGUGUCUCAGUGACAAAAAGAAAUAUCCCUCAUUUCUGCGCACUGUUCCCAGUGAUUACCACCAAUCCCGGGCCCUGGCAGAGAUGGUCAAACACUUUGGCUGGACCUGGGUGGGAGCAAUAAGAAGAGAUGAUGACUAUGGUAACAAUGGGAUGGCUACAUUUACUAAAGUUGCAGAACAGUUGGGCAUAUGCUUAGAAUAUUCCCUUCCAUUUUUUAGAACCUACUCACAAGAAAGAGUGCUGAGAAUCAUAGAGCAAAUCAAAAGCUCCACUUCUCGAGUGAUAGUAGGAUUUCUUGCUCACUGGGAUUGGGAGAUUUUGGUACAUGUAUUUACUGAACACAACAUCACUGGAUACCAAUGGGUGGGAACUGAAAGUUGGAUCGGUGAUCCAGUAGUGGCCACACUGGAUAAGCAAAAUAUACUGCAAGGAGCCAUAGGGCUUGCUAUUUCCAAAACAACAGUAACUGGUCUAGAGGACUUCAUUCUAGAUAUAAAACCACUGAAAUCUGUAGGCAGUGGUAUUUUUAAAAAAUUUUGGGAAGCUCUGUUUAAUUGUAAAUAUACAAUGCAGAAUGAUUCGGGGGACUUACCAAUGUGCACUGGAGAAGAAAAUCUGUCCGAAGUGGAAAACACCUUCACUGAUAUGUCCAUGAUGCCCAUUAUCAGUAACGUGUAUAAAGGUGUUUAUGCCAUUGGCCAUACCCUACAUGACCUUCUUGGCUGCAAACAAACUUGUCCUACAAAGAAGCAAGCUGAUCCUCUCACUUUUCUUGAGCAUAUCAAAAAGGUGCAUUUCAAGACCAAAGAUGGUGAAAGUGUUUAUUUUGAUAAAAAUGGUGACCCUGCAGGAAAAUAUGAAAUAAUAAACUGGCAAACAAAUAAAGAACACCUGCAUAAAUUUGUUACUGUUGGAUUUUAUGACUCCUCUUUUCCUGGUCAGAGUCGUUUAUCUGUAAACGUGACCUCUAUUGUUUGGGCAAAAAAUACUGAUAAAGUACCACAAUCUGUAUGCAGCGAGAGCUGCCCACCUAGAACAAGGAAAGCUGUGCAAAAAGGAAAGCCUAUCUGCUGCUUUGACUGCAUACCAUGUGCUGCAGGAGAGAUUAGUAAUAUGACAGAUUCUAUUGAAUGUAUACAAUGUCAGCAAGAUUACUGGUCAAAUCCACAGAAGGACGAAUGUGUCAAGAAAGAAAUUGAAUAUCUAUCAUAUGAGGAAACUAUGGGAAUAUUGCUCACAGUUAUUUCUGUUGUCGGUGCAUUUAUGACAAUGGUAAUAGCAAUCAUAUUUCUUAAAUAUAAAAACACUCCAAUAGUCAAAGCCAACAACUCUGAGCUCAGCUUCCUGCUGCUCUUUGCACUGGCUCUAUGUUUCCUUUGUUCACUUACUUUCAUUGGACGUCCCUCUGAGUGGUCUUGUAUGCUGCGCCACACAGCAUUUGGGAUCACUUUUGUCCUCUGCAUUUCCUGUGUUCUGGGAAAAACAAUAGUGGUGUUAAUGGCCUUCAGAGCUACACUUCCAGGCAGUAAUGCCAUGAAAUGGUUUGGGCCUCCACAACAGAGACUUAGUGUACUUGCCUUCACUCUCAUACAGGUGCUAAUUUGUGUCCUUUGGCUCACAAUAUCUCCUCCUUUCCCCUUCAAAAACCUAAAUCACUACAAGGAAAAGAUAAUUCUGGAAUGUCAUUUGGGCUCAACCAUAGGAUUCUGGGCUGUGCUGGGUUAUAUAGGACUUUUGGCUCUUUUAUGUUUUGUUUUGGCUUUUCUGGCUCGGAAGUUGCCUGAUAAUUUUAAUGAAGCUAAAUUCAUUACGUUUAGCAUGCUCAUAUUCUGUGCAGUUUGGAUCACUUUUAUUCCAGCUUAUGUCAGUUCACCUGGGAAAUUUACUGUAGCUGUGGAAAUAUUUGCCAUUUUGGCAUCAAGCUUUGGUUUGUUAUUCUGUAUCUUUCUUCCAAAAUGUUACAUAAUUAUACUGAAGCCAGAGAAAAACACUAAAAAGCAAAUUAUGGGGAAAAUACCAGUUAAGUAAGCUAACAGUCCAAAUGUUAUUCAUUAAUAUGGCAUGUAAAGCAUAUAACUAGGUAACUAUAACUGAACACACUGGAUAUUUUAACAUUAAGAUCUGUUCUGUACCUUUUAUUCACGUAAUAAUGGCUCAUUGAUAUAGGGCAUCCACCUUAAUAAUGAUAAUAUUCCAUUUUAAAAUGUUUCUUUUGUAUCAUUUUCCAACAAAUUCCCAUACUGUGAAGUAUGUAGCACAAGCACCAUUAACAUAAAAAGAUUGAUUGAAUGAAUAAAUGAAUGAAUGAAUGAAUGAAUGAAUUUUUAAUACAUUUAAACUUGUGAAUUAUGAAUAUAUGCAGAAUCCCAGGGUACAAAACAAAUGUAUAUAAAAACCCAUAUCUCUUGUAUCAGCACUGAAUUAUGGCCAAGUGUAAAAUCUACAGCUAGUAACACAAGCUGAUUUGGAAAUCAAAGACCAUGGAGGGAGAUAUAGACAGUACCA